AUGGGUUCAGUACAGUAUCUGAGAGAGUUCAUCAAGGACAGACUAACUGCUGUUUGUGAAGAAAUCUUCUCAGAGGUUCAAAAAACCAUCAUCCAGUAUGAGGAGGAGAUCAACCGUCUACACAGACAGGAUAUCAACCGGAAACCUGACAGAAACUCACACAUCAUAGACCUCCCACAACAACAUGACUGUAAGGAAGAGGAGGAUCUGGAUGAGCAGCAGGUCUGUAACCAGGAGAGGAACUCCAGUCUGGACCAAGAGGACCCAGACACUCCACAGAUUAAAGAGGAACAGGAGGAACUCGGUGGCAGUCAGAAGGGAGAGCAGCUUGGACUGAAGCAGGAGGCUGAAGGCAUUAUUGUCUGGACUGAUAAAAAGCAGCUCAGACUGCUGGAGACCAUCUGGAAACCUGUGAUAAAGUUACACAGAAUAGAUGUCCUACAGCAGCAUGCUGUUGAGGAAGAGGAGGUUCUUACAGACCAGCACGUCUUUAACCAGGAGAGGAACUCCAGCCUGGACCAGGAAAACCCAAAGUCUCCACAGAUUAAAGAGGAACAGGAGGAACUCUGCAGCAGUCAGAAGGGAGAGCAGCUUGGACUGAAGCAGGAGGCUGAUAACUUCAUGGUGACACCCGCUUAUGAGGAAAGUGCCUACAGUAAACCAGAACCAAACAGUGAGCAGCUCCUGUCUCACAGCUCUCCUGAAACAGAGACCCGAGAUAAUGAAGAAAGUCAGCAUGUGGACUCAGGAACUACUAGAAAUACAGAGCUGAAUAAGAGACGUCACAGUCAGAGAGUAGACAAUCCUCCUGUGUCAUCGAGUAAAAGUAGAACGGACACAAAGAACAAGUCUGUACAAUAUGAGGUGUGUGGAAAGACUUUACAGGAUAAAUACAAUAUGAUUACACAUCUAAGAGGUCACACAGGUGAAAAGCUGUAUUCCUGUAGCACCUGUAGGAAAAGAUUUGCUGACUUAUCAACAUUCAAAAAACACAAGGGAAUUCACAAAGGUGAGAAGCCAUAUUCUUGUGACACCUGUGGGAAAACAUUUGCUACUUCAUCAGAGGUCAAAAAACACAAGGGAAUUCACACAGGUGAGAAGCCGUACCCUUGUAGCACCUGUGGGAAAAGAUUCAUUGAAAAAGAACAUUUGAAAUGUCAUUCAAGAGUUCACACGGGUGAGAAACCGUAUCCUUGUAGCACCUGUGGGAAAAGUUUUGCUCAAUUAUCAACAUUCAAAAAACACACGAGAAUUCACACAGGUGAAAAACCGUAUUCUUGUAGCACCUGUGAGAAAAGAUUUGCAACCUCAUCAGCAUUGAAAACACACACGAGAAUUCACACAGGCGAAAAGACGUACUAUUGUAGCACCUGUGGGAAAAGAUUCAUUAAAAAAGAAGACUUGAAACGUCAUUUAAGAGUUCACACGGGUGAGAAACCGUAUUCUUGUAGCACCUGUGGGAAAAGUUUUGCUCAAUUAUCAACAUUCAAAACACACAGGAGAAUUCACACAGAUGAGAAGCCGUACCCUUGUAGCACCUGUGGGAAAAGAUUCAUUGAAAAAGAACAUUUGAAAUGUCACAUAAGAGUUCACACGGGUGAGAAACCGUAUUCUUGUAGCACCUGUGGGAAAAGUUUUGCUCAAUUAUCAACAUUAAAAAUACACAGGAAAAUUCACACAGGUGAGAAGCCGUACCCUUGUAGCACUUGUGGGAAAAGAUUCAUUCAAAAAGAACAUUUGAAAUGUCAUUUAAGAGUUCACACGGGUGAGAAACCGUAUCCUUGUAGCACCUGUGGGAAAAGUUUUGCUCAAUUAUCAACAUUCAAAAAACACACGAGAAUUCACACAGAUGAAAAACCGUAUUCUUGUAGCAUCUGUGAGAAAAGAUUUGCAACCUCAUCAGCAUUGAAAACACACACGAGAAUUCACACAGGCGAAAAGACGUACUAUUGUAGCACCUGUGGGAAAAGAUUCAUUAAAAAAGAAGACUUGAAACGUCAUUUAAGAGUUCACACGGGUGAGAAGCCGUACCCUUGUAGCACUUGUGGGAAAAGAUUCAUUCAAAAAGAACAUUUGAAAUGUCAUUUAAGAGUUCACACGGGUGAGAAACCGUAUCCUUGUAGCACCUGUGGGAAAAGUUUUGCUCAAUUAUCAACAUUCAAAAAACACACGAGAACUCACACAGGUGCAAAACCGCAUUCUUGUAGCACCUGUGAGAAAAGAUUUGCAACCUCAUCAGCAUUGAAAACACACACGAGAAUUCACACUGGUGAAAAACCAUAG